AAAUCUGGUCUCUCUCUCUCUCUCUCUCUCUCUCUCUCUCUCUCUCUCUCUCUCUCUCUCUCUCUCUCCGUUCCCUAACCCAGAUCUGGUCUGUCUUCUUCUCCUCUCAGCAGCUAUUAGAAUCCAUGGCCAUCAUCGACUCCUCUGGAGUGAGAGAUGCUCGAGAUGUCGAAGAAGACAGACUUUCUUUCUUGGAAGCUGUUCGCUCCAGUUCAAUCGUCUCCGAAAACGGGUCGGUUCCCACCGGAUCAACAAGAGUAGUUGGUUCUUCGUGCAACGAUGAAGGCACUCAUUCUCGUCGGAGGGUUCGAUACGCGUCUAUGGCCAUUAACGCUCAGCGUUCCAAAGCCGCUUGUGGAUUUUGCUAACAAACACAUGAUUCUACAU